AUGGACAGGGUGACUGUGGAAUCAAGCCGUAUAGAACGGUGGCAGCUCAGACCCGGCGAUCAUAUCUACGUCUGGCGCAAAAUAAGUGACCAUACACGUAUCUAUUCCCAUCAUGGAAUCUACGAAAGCGACGAGAAGGUCAUCCAUCUGUCCUCCAUACCUGGUGGUGGAAGCUGCCCCAGGUGCCGUGGAGCUGAGCGUCGAGACGACGUCGUCGUCUGCUGCCUUGACUGCUUCCUGAGAGGGGGUGAACUUUGCCUCUUCGCCUACGCUGUGCCCAAGUGGUUCUAUGACGAGCGCAAUACUCCUAAAAAGGGAGACGUUCUUGCGCCUCUUCGGCAGCUCACCUGCUCCAUGGAUGCUGAAGACCCCCCCGAGACGGUCUUGGGCCGCGCCAAAGACCUGCUCACCAAGGGCCGCGUCUACCUCCUUGUGCACAAUAACUGCUUCCACUUUGCCUUUUACUGCAAGACAGGACGCCAAUAUUUUGGUCCAGUCGCUUUGGUAGUGGACACUUCGGCGGCUGCUAUUAUGCCAUCAGACGAUGGGCCACACUUGGACCGCCGAAACGGCACGGCCAGAGUCGUACCUCCACCUCCAGCUCCAGCUCGACGGCGCAGGUCACGCGAAUGGUCACUUCCACAGCCAAGCUUCAGGACAAUAGCGGCGGUAGGGGCGGGGCUGGCGCUCGUCGCCGUACUGCCGGAAUUGGCCCCUGUUGUGCCGGAAUUGGCGCCGGUAUUGGCCCUUUUGCCAUAUUAUAAUAAUCUCACUGGGCUGCUGAGCCCCCGAUUUCUCCGCGAGAUUUCUUGGGGCGCCCUCAAGGACAAGUACAAUCUUAAAGCCACAACAGGGAACUAG